UAACGAUCAAUUUCCUAAUCUCCGAAUCCCAAUUUUAUUUGUUUUUCACUUUUCUUUUUAAUUUUGUCCAGAAAAAGCUGUCUUGUAAAAUUCUCUGAAAUUAAGUAAAUAAAAUGGAACAAAAUGACAGAAAUCCCAAGAAAUCAUUUCUUUCAAUCGACGAUAUUUUGUCAACAAAAGAAAAAAUGAAUAGAAGUUUUGAAAAUAAAAUAAUCCGUUUACAAUCUGAACGCAAUCAACAUUCGGAAAUAAGUCCGAUAUACAACCAAGCCGACAUAUUGGGUGUACAACAUAAUGCCGACAAUCAGAACAUAUCGCCAUCUUUUGACAUGGCUGCGCUAGCGGGGUCAAAUAUCAGUGCACUAAUCGACGCAGUCAGUGCAGUGGCUCCUUUUGGUUCACUAAAUUUGGACAAUCGAGAGCUGAUCGGGAUGGAUUCAGUGCAAUCGCGAAGCUCCGCGGCUUCCGGAGUCGACAAUGAGUCGGCGAAAUAUGCCUGGUCGCAGACAAAUACAAACCAAGCAGAUGGCGCUGAAUUUUCAAGAGAACGGCAUUCGAAUUUUCUUCUGAGUCUGCAGCAGCGUAAACAUAGUGGCCCAGGUGGAGGAGGGGGUGCAGGGUCAAAGCGGGGGGACCAGUUGAAUGGGAGAAGACAACGCACUUCCUUCUCGGCCGAACAGACCAUCAAAUUAGAACUGGAGUUCCAAAUGAAUGAAUACAUUACCAGAAGUCGCAGAUUUGAACUUGCCGACACUUUGGGUCUGUCGGAGAACCAAAUCAAGAUCUGGUAUCAAAAUCGAAGAGCCAAGGAUAAGAGGAUCGAAAAGGCACAUGUAGAGUCCAACAUCCGCAGACAGCUGAACAAUUUGGCAUUCGUGGGCGCCGCAAACCCAUUUAGCCUAAUUCCCUCAGGGCCUAAUCCUAUGAAUUCAUACAUUGAGGAACUCUCUGCGCUGGAAAGACUCGUCAGCUCGGACGCGCUGUCGACUGAACGACUACUCUUGGCUAAUUUCCAGAUUCCAACCAAAACUGCAAUCCAAAAUAUUCCAAGUUCAAUGGCGAAUAAAACAAUCAUCGAAAAUGCUCUAAGUUUUCUGUGACAAAGAUUAAGCUUAACUGAA